ACGCCUUUGCCUUUUUUUUCACAUUAAGGGGAAGAAGAAGAAAAUUAGUUGUUUCUGUUUGUUGUUUACCAGCACCAAAUUCACUUAUUUCAAAUAAAUACAUAAUUAUAUUCAUAAUACAUACACAAUUGUAUCUAUAAAAGUUAUCUAAGUUGUUGAAUUUAUUUGCGUGUUACAAUGUUUUCAUUAUUUGACAAAGACUAUUAAAAUUGGAACUCGUAUUACAAAUACCUUGAAUACAUACCUAUCUUAGAGCUGAUAUUUAAAGCGCUUUGGGAAGGCUUUCCUUUUUGUUCACACUAUUGAAGAGAAAUGCUCGGUUAUGCUAAUGCCGGUAUUCCAGACAAAUCAUGGCAACCUCCAAUUGCUGUAUUAGAGACAUCAAUGGGAAGUAUUACCGUGGAGAUGUACUGGAAACAUACUCCUCUCACAUGCCGAAAUUUUAUGGAACUAGUACGAAGAGGCUAUUACAACAACACUAAAUUUCAUAGAAUAAUCAGGGAUUUCAUGAUUCAAGGAGGAGAUCCUUCGGGAACAGGAAAAGGAGGACAAUCAAUCUAUGGGCCUCAAUUUAAUGAUGAAAUAACAUCGGAACUAAAGCACACUGGUGCUGGAAUUUUGUCAAUGGCGAAUGCAGGACCCAAUACAAAUGGUUCACAAUUUUUUAUCACUUUAGCGCCAACACAAUGGCUGGAUGGAAAGCAUACAAUUUUUGGACGAGUACAAAGUGGGAUGUCUGUAGUAAAACGGAUUGGACUGGUUGAAUGUGAUAGAAAUGACUGUCCAGUGGAUGAUAUUAAGAUAGAAAAAUCCUACAUACCUAAGUAACUAAUACUGUUAUUGCAGAGCACUAAUGUAUUAUAAAUACUUAAUAAAUAAGUUUAAAAUUUAAA